AUAGCACUUGACAAAUUAGUAAGAGGGCUGGGAUGGGCACCUUGCUUUCAGAAGUUGUGAUCCGCCUCCCCAGAUUAACUUCUCCUCUUGUUUGUCGUUUGGCCAACAGGGAAUUGUUUUAGAGGAGCUGGGCUUGUCGAGUCUUCCUGAAAUUAUACGGCUGUGUAUGAAUGGAAUCCCUGCCUGGGGAGCAGAUCCGUCCCUGGUCAUUCGGGAUCAGAAAUUCGACGGGGUGCCAGUGAGGAUCUACUCACCCAAAACGGUCUCGACUGCAAAAAGAAAAGCCGUGCUGUAUUUCCAUGGCGGGUGUGGCAUUAUGGGAAGCUACAAUACCUUCGAAAGAUUCCUGCGGUACGUUGCCAAAGAGGGGAAUGCAACGGUGGUCACAGUCGGGUAUGGACUUGCACCGGAGAGCCCUUAUCCAAGCCAGCAUGUUGAAUGUCUGAAGGCGGCCACCUUCCUCAUAAAACACGCAGACGAUUAUGGGGUGGAUAGCUCCCGUAUUAUCCUUUCUGGGGACAGCUUCGGGGGUACUUUGGCCACACAUGUUUGCCAGGUCCUGAUGGACCGCAGUGACCUUCCCAAGGUCCAUGCCCAAGCCUUGAUCUACCCCGUGCUUCAGGGUUUCGAUUUAGCCUUGCCAUCCUAUCAGCAGAAUUGCAGAAGUCCCUUCUUGUGGCCUAAGCUGGUUGCCUUCUUAGGCUGCCGUUACUUGGACAAGCCAACGUCCUUGGCGGAUGGACUUCUGAAGGGCAGCCAUGUUCCCGAGGCCACCCGUCAGAAAUACCAGAAGUGGGUGAGCGCCGACCGCAUCCCGGAACGGUUCAAAGCCAGAGGCUACGUGGCGCCAGAGCCGUCCUCGUUCCAGUUUGACCCUCGGCUGCACGAAGAAAUGAAAGUGGUGCUCACCGGCAAGUUUUCGCCCUUGCUCGCCGAGGACACGGUGAUUGCCAAACUCCCUCAGACCUUCCUGUUGACCUGCGAGUUCGACGUCCUUCGCGACGACGGGUUGCUGUACAUGCGGCGGCUGACGGACAACCAUGUGCCGGUAACUUGGAGCCAUGUAGAGAACGGCGUGCAUGGGAUCAACGUGUGCUAUGGCUACCGCUUCCUGUCCUUUUCUUCAGCAAACCGGAUCGCGCACGAGCUUGCCAGUUUUGUCCGACACUUGUGAGGCCGAAAAUGAAAAUGAGAGAGGGAACGCCGCCUUCUUGAUCGUCUUCCGGGGAAUCCGGUGGCCCGGACUCAUGGUCCCCUUAGGAUAAACCGCUUUAUCCCGAUUAAUAUUGGAAGACUGCGAUUGUGUCAGAACGACAGGUCUUGUCAGAACAGCGCUUGUUAAAUUAGUUAACGUGAUGUCAACUCAUAAAAUAUUCCAAUGCCUGUUUUAGUAGUUGCCAUAAAAUAAAAUGAGAGGGAGGAAGGAAA